GGACAAAAUGAUUCUGUCAGAAUGACAAGACAGCACCCGACUCCGAAACAUACCGCCACCUAUCCGUCAGGAUCAACUGUUACACAUCCUGCAAAACAGAAGUAACGUUAGCUAGCUAGCUAAUAAGACGGUGAUCACCAUGGACCAACGCCACCAGUCCCACCACAGACCCCAACAUCCAAACUCCAAUCACCACGACAACCACCAGUCAACAUUCAAGAGAGACAUGGAUGACAGUGGGAGAGGCCAUUUCCAACACAAGCGCUUCAGACCUGGUCAGAACCAUCACCCGGCUGGCCCUUCAACACCCCCAUCUAGCCCCCCAACCCAGAGCCUGAGCAUACAACGACAGCUGUACGAGAGAGACUUCCCCUUAUACAAACAGCCUGUGGAGGUGGGACAUUUCUCCCUGGACUCUGAGCGCAGGUUUUUCAAUGAUGCCCGGCAGCUGCGUUACUACGUGGAGCCGGAGAAGAGUUGUCCUAACUUCGACUUGAGGGACGGGUACAGGGGCCGCUUCGUCAAGAGGGACGACAGGGUGAAGGAGAAACUGGACCACAUCCUCAGAUGGAUCCUGGCAAACAGGUCCAAGCUGCAGUCGAAGGACACAGCUGCUUCUUCUUCCCCAUGUGCAUUAGGUGUAGACAUUGUGACAUGGCGCGGCCACCUAACCAAGCUGUUGACCACGCCUUAUGAGACCCGGGAGGGCUGGCUGCUGGCUGUGACCAGGAUGGGGGGGACACUGUACAUCAGUGAGGUGGAGACGGAGGCUGCACGCCGGGACCGGGAGAACCGCACUGAGAGGCACGAGGAGAUGAUGUACUGGGGAUACAAAUUUGAACAGUACACCUGUGCAGAUGAUGCCCAGAGUCUUCCAGAUCCAGGUGGGGUUGUAAACACCAACGAGGCCUUCUGCACUGUAGUCCAGACCCGGCUAGCCGAGCACAGACUGCUGUUCUCUGGCGAGGUGGACUGUCGGGACAAAGACCCCAAGGCCCCGUCUCCUCCAGCCAACUACAUCGAGAUGAAGACCUCACUGGAAAUCUCCACCCCCAAACAACGCAGCAACUUCCACAGGUUUAAACUACUAAAGUGGUGGGCCCAGUCCUUUCUUCCUGGGGUACCGCGAAUCGUAGCUGGUUUCCGUGAUCAUGACGGAGUGGUUGUGUCUGUGGAGACUUACCACAUCUCCAAGAUAUCUCAGCUUAUCAAGAAUGAAACCAACUGCUGGAAGCCAACUGUCUGCAUGAACUUCUGCUGUGAAUUCCUGUCCUUCGUGAAGAGUGUGGUCACAGAAGACGAUCCAAGGUUGGUGCACCUGUUCUCAUGGGAUCCACACCGAGACGUCACCUACUCCAUCCACAGAGACUCUCAGUACUCCUUCCUACCAGACUGGUACGUCAGGGAGAUGACCAGUUCAACCAGUCGUGAGACACACCACCACCCACCUCAGACCUGACUCAGAACAAACCUGACAAUGGUCCGUAUUGACAAAGCAGCUCAGAGUAAGACUGCUGAUCUAGAAUAAGGUCCCUCAUCCUAUUCAUUCUGAUUUAGUAGGCAAAACGGAGCCUAGAUCAGCACUCCUACUUUGAUAUGCUUUAUGCGUACAGGCCAAGGUUUUCACCUUAUACCAGUAUGGACUUGAAGCAAUACUUUAACGCUGAAACCUGUUAUUUGAUAAUGAAGUAGAAACACACCAAGCGCCCUGAAGGAGUAGGCGGGUUCUGACGGGUCGGUUUUUGACGAUAAAGAAAGUUAUUUUAUUCAACUUCCAUUUUCCUCCCAGAGUGGCUGAGUUAUAUAGUGUGGAUCAGCAUGGACUUUAGCAUUCACAAACCAGCUUUUGGGACUUUCUCACAAAAUGGUGUGCAGGUUCACAGAAGACAUAUCUUUCCUAAUGGUUUGUGGUGUCUUUUUUUAUGUGAAGUAUUUACAUUCUUCAGCUCAUCUCUGAUUUGUAUUUUUUUUUUACAUUUUAUUACAAAAUUCUGUGAUCUGAAUGUAACAGUUGCGGUUUGAAGUGUCUGCUCUGAAACUGUCGAACAAUAGUAGCAUAACAAGAUUUAAUUUCCCAAUCAAACCUUUUUAUUAUUAACCCCAUGGGCAAAUCGAUCACUUAUCAUGUUCUUUUCUGAAGUACAUGAAUUAAAAUAUGCCACAAAAAAACUAAACUUAAGAACAUCAAUAUUGCAUAAGCAGUUUUAACCAAAGUGUUGAUGGAAACUGUCCAGUGUCAGAAUGCAUUGUCCUUUGUCCUAUAAUAAAUGACACCUUCAUUGAA